AUGUCUGUUUCCUGCGGGCUUGUUCAUAGCAGGCCUAUCUAUCUAUCUAUCUAUCUAUCUAUCUAUCUAUCUAUCUAUGUUUUUUUAUUUCUGUUUUUCUUUCUUUCUAAUUCUUCCUUUCUACUUCUCUAUUUCUACUUCUCUUUUUUCUAUUUCACCCUUUCUAAUUCUUUCAUUAUAAUUCUCUCUUUCAAACACAGUCUCUCUUUGUUAACUUUACAUUACUUAACGCUUUCAUUUUUUUCUAUUAUUUUCUUCUUCCUUCGUUUUCCCGUUUCUUUUUUCUUUUUUCUCUAUUCUUUUUGUCUCUUUCUAAUUUUUCUCUUUGUUAACUUCACGCUUUCAUUUUUUUCUAUUAUUUUCUUUUUUCUUCGUUUUUCUCUUUUCGUUUUUCUCUUUUCUCUUUUUCACUAUUUUUUCUCGUUUCUUUUUUUAGUUCAAUUUGCAUACCUUUUCCAUUUUAAUAUUACCCUCUUCCGAAAGAUUCCAUUUCUAUUUCCUUACUCAUUUGUUUUAGCUUCUCCUAUCAUCUCCUCUUUUAAUCUCUGUUCCUUUAGCUCCAAUUCUUUUUGUUUUUCGUUCAUCCGACCUUCUUUGUGUUCUGUAUUAAUGCUUGCUGUAACAAUUAACCGUAAAGUCUGUUAUUUCCCGUUAACCGCUCCUCUAAUUGCGUUAAAUUCGACAAUUGCAUUACGGGAAGACCGCUUUCAGAUACGAACAUGA